GUAAGUAAUAAAUGACAGAAUUUUCAUUUUUUGGGUGAACUAACCCUUUAAUUUUUGUGAAAACCUCAAUUUUUCGACCAAAAUAGACAUUUUUUUGCACUUGUUUUGCCUGUAACUCGAAAUUAGCCCCUGGGCAUUCUGAGUCCUUUUGCCAGCACAGGUAACAAAUAUCUUUUUUUGUGUGUGUUAUGCAGAAGAAAUGUUUUGAAUGACAUGAGGGUGAGUAAAUGAUGACAGAUUUUCAUUUUCUUUAGUGAACUGUCCCUCUAACCCUCUAUUGGGUUGUUUAUCGUACAACUGUCUAAUUUCUUAGCUGUACUUUCUUGUACAUUUUCUUUAAUGCAGGAUGUGCUGAUGUCAAAGAUGUACAUGAAUACUUCUCUUUAUGUAUCACUACCCCAUUGCUCACAAAAGUUAGACAUGUUGUUCAACCGCUUACUAGGUUUCACAUUGUGUGUUUCCUUCUCAAAUAAUCGCCGUUGGAUGAAAAAGAAGCAAUUAAGUAAUAACAAGCAGACAUUGCCUGGUGAGAUACAUCUCUAAAUCCCACCGGCAGGCUGGGACAACCUAGGGGCAAAGCAGAUUUACUGUCUUGAAGAUCACUUAAUAAAAAACAUAAUGACUUCUUGUAAUUGAAAGUACAAUCAAAAUGGGCCCAACGGGAAAUGAAGCGGCUAUGUCACAGAACUAGAAAGAAACAAGCUUCAAUAUUAAAUCUUUGAAAGUGCAGAAAUAGACCGUUAGAAACACUUGUGGUUGCUUGUUGCGUAAUUACUCACACUAUAAUUAAGGUAAUUAGCUUAUUGAUUGCAUUAUCUUAAGUGGUAAAAGGUCAUUUACAACAGUUUCAAUUGCUUUGCACACUGCACACCUGAAAAUCACAGACACCUUCACAGCAUCAUUACAAAGUAGAACAUUAAGUCACGUAUUGACUGUAUAUCUGGUUCUUGCAUCGAUAUAUACUCAAGCAGAAAAUCAACAGAUCCUAUAUUCAUGUUGAAACGUGGUGGCUGGCUUUUGUGCACCUCUUAAGGGAUGAAGUGCCUCUUCGGGUGCCUGACAAAGCCUGAAUCGCAGCGGCUGCAUGUCAAGUCUCUCCUUCAAAGUCUUACAAGAACUCAGCGUUCUUGUUAGGCUUUGAAGGAGAGGCAUAGCAUCGUCUCCUUGGUUCAAAACUGCUGCUCUCUGCUUAAUUGUUAAUUACUGUUAUUGGUGUUAUUACAUUAUAUUUGAAAGCCUGUCAUUGAAAGUUAAUUUGCAUCACACUUUGACUUAGAAUAACAUUCACUUCACAGGUUUUUGCUAAUGUGCCAAGAAAUUCAACAGGUAGUGCUUGAUAGAUUAAUGACCAAUGGGAAAGCUUCCAGAGAACAAUAGUAAUUAUAAUGAAAAUGUGACAUGCUCUUUAUAAAUUGUGUUGUGUGUGUUGAUAAAACAAUGUUAAGCUGUAAGAUAAUCAUAACACCCUUCAAUUAAAUAUUUAACAACAAAUAUCUUUGAAAAUGCAACUGCUUCCCUAACACUAAACCACAAAUGUGCAUACAUGCCUUAUGAGGCAAUCCCUACUGUUAUGUAAAAACAUGAAGCUGGUAUAUCCAGUUAUCAGGUGUCCCGCACAAAUCUCUCAACCUCACCUGUGUGACUCUUUCAAAACUGGCUUUGUUGCAUUUCUAUUCUAAUAAUCAGUGCUCUGACUCCUCCCACCAAAACCAGCAGAUCGUUUUGUUUAAUAUGCAUUUCCUUGACCUGGUUUCUAUGUGACAAGAAGACAUGUUGAAGGCAGAGUCUUUAUUUCCUGAGCCUGGAAAACAAAAUGACAGCAGCUAAUUCCAGUGUAAAGGAUUCUUUCAGAGAUGGCAACCUGGAGAGAUUUACUCAUUUUAAAAAAGAUGACUUUGAAAAUGACUGGGAGAAAGUGGCUGAGCGCAAGUUUGGUCGAGUCUAUAAGGUGAAGCUUAAAGUCUUGCGGGAAACAUGUGCCCUAAAGACCACAACCAGUGAUGAUUACAGGAACAUGAUAGAGAUGUCCAAAAUUGGAAGAAUGAAGUUCAAUUAUUUAAUCUCCAUUUAUGGAAUAAGCAAAGAUCCACCUGCUUUAGUGAUGGAAUAUGUGAGAAAGGGAUCCUUGGAUAACCUUCUCAGCAGUCAUUUCUUAAUGUGGCCCAAGAAAUUCCAAAUGAUCCAUGAGAUGACGAUGGGCAUGAAUUUUCUGCACAGCAUGAAACCGCCCAUCCUUCAUUUAAACUUGAAACCAGCUAACAUUCUUCUUGAUGAUCAUCUUCACGUAAAGAUUUCAGAUUUUGGCCUCAUUAAAUGGGAGGAGUUCUCUAGUAAGACUGAGUUUAUUGAACACCUGACAGCUCGAGGGAACAUAAACUAUGUGCCUCCAGAAACCUUUACCCAGAAUCCUGAACCUCCCGGAACAAAGUAUGAUGUGUACAGCAUUUCUAUUAUUAUGUGGGAAAUUCUCACUCAACAGCGCCCAUAUCAAGGUCUGUCUAUGACAGAAAUAUUAAUCAAAGUGUCAUCUGGCAAAAGGCCUGGUGUAGAGAAGAUCCCUGAAGACAAGCCCCCUGAGUGCGAGGACAUGAUCGGUGUCAUGCAGCAAUGCUGGCACCAAGACUGCAGCCAGCGACCUGCUUUCUGUGAGAUCGUUCGGUUAACUGAAGUUCUCAGUGAAGUCCUGAAAAUCCCAGACACGAUUUCAGGGGGUGAGAUAAGAAAGCGUCUGCCUGAACAGGUAUGGAACCUAAAGAAAGCAGCUGACUCUUCAGAUGAUUCCAGCAUUCACUCUCUCCUUGUAAGAAAAGACUUUGAGAGCUUUAAGAAUGUUCUGCGAAAAGAGCAUGUAUCGACGCUCUUCAAAGACAACAAUACUCUCCUUCAUCACGCCGUGGCAAGCGGGGACAGAGAAAGCGUGGGGAUGGUCCUGGAUCUGGGAGCCUCUGUGAACUGCCAGAGUGUAAAAGGCUACACCCCACUCAUCGUCGCGGUUCUGCACAAGUUUUACGACAUCUGCAGCUUGCUGACAAAGCGCGGGGCUGACGUCAACCUCAGCGAUGGCGACCAGUGGACUGCGCUACAUUUUGCCGUACAGACCGGCGACGACAGAGCCGCUCGCCUUUUGUUAGACAAUAAGGCGAGAGCCGAUGCCAAAGAGAAGGACGGCUGGACGCCUUUGCAUCUAGCUGCUCAGAAUGGACACGAGAACAUUGUGAGAAUCUUGCUGCCACGUCUGGAGGCCGUGGAUGAGCAAGAGCACCAGUCUGGCCGUACGCCACUUCACGUGGCUUGCAUUUAUGGCCAUGUAGACAUCGCUAAGCUCUUGCUCAAAAAGGGAGCUGAUGUCAACAAACAAGAUAACCUUCAGUCCACUUCCCUACACUUGGCGGCAGACGAGGGGCACUUCAGGGUGGUCCGUUUGCUGGUUAAUAGUGGGGCUGAUCUGAAAACAGUUGAUGAGCAAAGCUACAGUCCCCUUCAUUUUGCCGCUCUGAAGGGUUACACGGGUAUCUGCAGACUACUAUUAAGUAAAAGACUCGACCCCAACAUACGAACCUAUCAGAAUUGGACAGCCAUGCACCUGGCAGCCUUGAAAGGCCAUCCGGAGACUAUCCUUGUGUUGGAAGAGCACCAUGGCUCAGUCAACGUCCAAGGGAAAGACGGCUGGACGCCUCUGCACCUUGCCUGCCAUCAUGGGCAGGAGGAGGUGGUGACGGUGCUGCUAACAGCAGGUGCCGACCCUAACCUGGCCGAGGAUAACGGCUGGACGCCCCUCCACUUAGCCUGUAAUAGUAGCUGCUUUCCUAGUGUGCUGCAGCUGAUAUCCCAUCAAGCCAAUGUGAACGCACAGAAUAACAGCCAGUCAACUCCAUUGCAUUUAGCCGUCCAGCUCAGCAACAUCCCCAUCAUCAAAGCCCUGCUGAUGAAUAAUGCACAGCGGGGUAUAAAGGACUCGAAAGGAUGUACCGCCUUAACCUUGGCUCAACGGUGCAACAAUACAGAAGCUGUGGAGCUACUGGAAAGCUAACACACACUGGUUGAGACUCUGGCAGAGAGCGAGCUGUGUUUGGUGACAGAUAACUCCACCAUUAGAGUGAAUCCAGCAUUGAUUUCUGCUAUCGAUUUCCUUCCUGCUGCAAAGCCUGUUCUUAUAAACACUCUUGCUGUUGUUUUCGAUUUAGAUUCCUAGAAUUUAACGCCUUUGUUUGGGUUAAGAGCUCAGGUGUGUUCUCGGAAUGGAAGUGUUAUGAAUGAAGGAUUUUGUAACUAGCAGUUUGUUAUGAAAGUCAAAAUAAAAUAAUAAUGGCCGUCA